AAAACCAAACCUCAAAAACCUUCUCUCAUUACACUGCAUGUGCUGCGACCCGACCCGAACCCCAACCCGACCCAUUUUUGCCUUUUGUCUUCUGUUUUAAGCCGCCGUCGUUAAAUCGUUAAAAAUAUAUAUAUAUAUCGAUCCCGGAGAGUAACUGAUUCUUCGCCGGAGUUUUACGCCGAUGACGAUUGCGGCAGUGCCAGCACGCCAGACAGAUCGAUCAGCUCCUGCUUUCGCCACUACGGCGAAGGCGGUCACCGUUCCCGUUCAGGUUCCGCCGGGGGCUGUUGUUUCCGACGGACUAGGGAAAGAUGCGUUGAUCUCAUGGUUCAGAGGCGAAUUCGCGGCGGCGAACGCUAUCAUCGACGCCAUGUGCUCGCAUCUCAGAGCAACCGAAGAGGCUGUCUCCGGAUCGGAGUACGAAGCUGUUUUCGCCGCGAUCCAUCGCCGGCGUCUGAACUGGAUCCCUGUUCUCCAGAUGCAGAAGUAUCACUCCAUCGCAGAGGUCGCGAUCGAGCUUCAGAAAGUGGCGGCUAAGAAAGCGGAGGAUCUGAAACAGAAGAAGAAAACAGAGGAGGCGGAGGAAGAUCUGAAAGAGACGGCGGCGGCCGAGGAGGAGAAGAAGAAAGAUUGUUUUAACGGCGAGAAAGUAACGGAAAAUGAGAUUAACGGAGACCUUGAAGACGUUGAAGAUGAUUCUCCGACUAGUGAUAUCACUGAUUCAGGUUCUCAUCAGGAUGUUCACCAAACUGCUGCUGUGGACACUGCACAUCAGAUUAUAUGUCAGAGCCAUGAAGAUUGUGAUGCACGUUCAUCUGAGAUUAAGCCUAUCAAAGGUUUCCAAGCCAAAGAGCAAGUGAAAGGCCACACUGUGAAUGUUGUGAAAGGACUAAAGUUGUAUGAAGAAUUACUUAAAGAAGAUGAGAUCUCUAAAUUGAUAGACUUUGUGGCAGAACUCCGAGAAGCUGGCAUAAACGGGAAGCUUGCAGGUGAGACCUUUAUACUGUUCAAUAAACAGAUUAAAGGGAACAAGAGAGAGCUGAUUCAGCUUGGUGUCCCCAUCUUUGGCCAUGUUAAGGCGGAUGAAAACUCCAACGACAGCAACAACUCUGUUAACAUUGAGCCUAUUCCACCACUUCUUGAGAGUGUCAUUGAUCAUUUUGUCACAUGGAGACUCAUCCCAGAAUACAAGAGACCAAACGGUUGUGUCAUUAACUUCUUCGAAGAGGGUGAAUACUCACAGCCUUUCCUCAAGCCACCUCACUUAGAACAACCAAUCUCAACUCUUGUCCUCUCUGAAUCAACAAUGGCCUUUGGACGUAUUCUCUCAAGUGACAACGACGGCAACUUCAGAGGGCCUUUAACUUUGUCUCUCAAACAAGGGUCUCUGUUGGUGAUGAGAGGGAACAGUGCAGACAUGGCAAGACAUGUAAUGUGCCCAUCACAAACCAAAAGAGUAAGCAUCACGUUCUUUCGUAUUCGACCUGAUACAUAUCAUAACCAUUCACGACCCACAAGUCCUCACAACGACGGUGUAAUGACAAUGUGGCAACCAUACCAACUGACACCAACUCCAUUCCUCAAUGGCUAUGAUCAUUCAGUAGACAUGAUGCCAAAAAUUGGAGUCCUACGUCCUCCCAUGGUCAUGAUGGUACCAGCACCAGUUCAAGCAAUGGUAUUACCAAGUCCCAAUGUGAUGGGAACUGGUGGUACAGGCGUUUUCUUACCAUGGGCAUCUACUAAUAGCUCAAGAAAACAUGUGAAACAUUUGCCUCCUCGUGCACAGAAGAAGCGAUUACUUCCUCUUCCUCCUGCUGCUUCUUCUUCUCCAGCUGGAGGAUCCACCUCUGAGCCUGUGAUCAGUGUAGGUUGAUCCUAAGCCUAAGCCAAGCCGGUGGACUUCUUCAGCAAUACAAGCUUUGAUCAUCUUGUCCGUGUCUAAGCCUUCCUCUGUUUUUUUCUCUCUCUCUUAAGUGUCUCUUUUGUUCCUGUUUCUUACUUCUUUUUCCAAAUUCAGUUUAGGUUAAUUCAGGGUUUAUAGAUAGGAGAAUUAAAGUUUGUUACAUCCCCAGAGGAAUGUGUUUUUCUAUUUUGUGUACGAUUUUAUUAUCAGUAUAUUCUCGAAAUGUGUUACAUUCCAUAUAUUGUCAUUUUUUAAA